AUUGCGGCCUGAUUGCGUCACAUCCCGUCGUUUGUGCGAUUGCGCAGUGAGGACGUUACGUCCUUGUCAACAGAUAGAAUUUUCGGGAAAUUUGCCGAUUUUCGGCCAAGUAUUGUUCACUUGUGGGACGUUAUAGGCCCGCCGUGAAUCCAUUAUGUCGACCCCAGCACGUCGGAGACUCAUGAGGGACUUUAAGCGGCUCCAGGAAGACCCUCCUUGCGGGGUGAGCGCUGCGCCAACAGACAACAACAUAAUGCUGUGGAAUGCCGUCAUCUUCGGUCCCGAGGAUACGCCGUUCGAGGACGGAACCUUCAAGCUCACCCUAGAGUUCACAGAAGAGUACCCCAACAAACCGCCGACCGUGCGCUUCGUCUCCAAAAUGUUCCACCCCAACAUCUACGCCGACGGUAAAAUAUGUCUCGACAUCUUGCAGAAUCGCUGGUCGCCAACGUACGACGUUUCCGCCAUCCUAACGUCCAUCCAGUCCCUUCUGGAUGAACCCAACCCCAACUCGCCGGCAAACUCCGUGGCGGCGCAACUUUAUCAAGAGAACAAGCGCGAAUACGAGAAAAAGGUCCAGGCCAUCGUAGAACAAAGCUGGGCCGAAGUGCCAGAAGAGGACCACGUGCUUUGACGACAGUGAUCGUAGACUGUCGUGCUUUCAGUCUGUAUGAUCUUUGAAUGUGUGUGUUCAACUACACUAGGGGAAAACUCUGGCGUGUCUAUAACUAUGCUAUACAGGAUAUACAUGACGCAACAUCUCAGAAAAAAGUUGAGAAAACUUGUGAGAACAGGAGAAACAGCUGUUAAGCUAAUGUUAUUUUGAAUGGAGGGCACCUGUGAGGACUGUUCAACUUCAUGAAACUUCAAGUUCAAGAAAGGAAGAAAAGCAGAACUGAUUCACUCCAGAAAUAAUCUAGAAACAUACACCCAGAACUAAAUGAAGACACCUACAGUAUGGGACUUAAUCAUUUUCUUCAUUGUUUUAUGACAAAGUUUACAUUUUCUGUACAUUAACAUUGUGCGAAUCAGACGAGAAUGAACAAAUGUUUGUUUAAGGUAUCCCCCAUCACUUCAACUGCUGUAUUUUUUAGUAUAUAUGUAUUGCUCCUGAUCAUCAAAUCAUUUAUCCGUUAUAUAUGCCAUUCUAGCAAAAAACUCAUUUUCUGUGAAUUCAACAGUCAAGUUUCUUUACUACCGAAGUGGAUAUUUACUCAAGCAGAAAGUACAGGUUGUUGUUUUGCCCCCCUCCCCCUUUCAGUAUCGUAUGGCGUUGCAACUUAAAAUGUUUAAGUGGUGAUGUCAUAGCAAGAGGCAGUGUUUCCAAACAAGGGAACAAGUGGUCUCUUGAGACUUGCUUGUGCUAAUAUUGGAAGUUGGGAAGAUUUGUGGUAUACAAGGAUGCCUACUAUUUGUUGAUGUAGUCUUUCCUCAGACCAAACCUUGUGUAAGCAUGUGGUACUUUCAGUGUUGUCAACAAUCUCAUGGAGGAUGGAGUAGAAGGAUGUUUUCUGCUUUGGUUUACCAGUAUCUAAUUUGCUGCAUGUAUUGUAGAUGUACAGAAAAAUGUAAUAUGAUUCUCUCAAGUUGUUUGACAACAUCAGAAACAGUCCACAUGCAGAUAUCAUUUUGUGAUGUUGCUUUCAGCCAGUUUGAGUGUCACAGGAAAAGCAAUGUACCCAUGUUCAUCACAACAUCUGACCUUGUUUCUAUCUUGAUAAACACGAAAGAGUCAUUUCAGUCUUGAAGUACUAUGGGAACUGUAUUCUGUACAUGUAUUUUGUGUGGGGCAGUUAAAAUGUGUAGAUUAGAAAGUCAUGUCUGCUGUGCAAGACAAGAGAAAUGACACCAGAUACAAUGUGACUCUCAUAGUAUUAUGGACACUUACAGUAUUCUCAUAUAUGUAAAUUGAUUCCUUGUGGGGCUUAGAGACUUCAGAAAUAUCAUAUUUUAAGUUGUCAGAUCUUGAACUACACUAGGAACUAUUUGGAAGCAGUACAAAUUACGAGAAAUGCUAUAUCGAUUAUAUUAUGUAGGGUUUUGCAGGAGAGGCUUGUAUCAAGCCCCUUGGACAUCUUUAUAUAUCUUUAAGUUUGGGGGACAUUAAAUGAGGAGAUACAUUGUUAGACUUUAUGGCAGGAUAGACUCACACGUGCACAAAGUAACACUUAUUGUAAUACAUUGUGUAUCAAGGAAGGGCUUUGCAGGUUGCAUGAGGUGUCACAGUCUCAUUAUGGUCUAGACUACCCAGUGCUAUCACUGCAUGCUUGUUCAAAUUUAGUUUUAGAAAAACGGAUACAGAGGGGAGAUGUAUCAUGCCCAUUAAUAUGAGACAGUGAUUCAUGUCCCACUGGUUCCAUGAAAAGGCAUGAGGUCCUUACAACAAAGAUAAGAUUUACAUAACCUCAUUGGUAUGAACCUAGUGAUGUGUAGUGUCCUGCAUGCCUUGGGGAGAUGGGGUGUGUAUUGCAGCAUUGUUCUGAAACAAACAACUAAAAGGUGAUGAUGACAUUUGAGUUAAUCAAGCUUGAGUGAAAAUGGUUUUCAUUAGGACUGAGGUGCUAAUACACAUGACAUAUGUUUUUGCAUUAUGGCAUAGCCAUUUUGUUUGAAUCCCCUGUAAGACAAUAUUUACAGCCAGGUAUCCUGCAUUAGCAAUUCUUGUGUAUGUUAGUGUAGAAGUUUAGCUCGGCCAUUAUUUGUUCAUUUUUGUCAAGUCAUCAUGAAUAGUAGCACACCUUCCCACAAGAUGUUGCAUAGUGGCUGGAAGAGGAUCUCUUAAAACUUAACAAGUGUAUCUAUGAAGACAUGAUUGUUAUAUGAAUGUAGUUAGGUUUCUGCACUUUAUCUUGCAACCAGAGAACUGUAAUUAUGGUACAUACUGAUGUUUAAUUCUUACGCCUGAUUGGCCUAGGAGGAUAAUGUGCGGUAAAAGCUGUACAUAACAGAAAUUGUAUAGAACAAAAAUACAGUGUAUGUAUGGUGAGAUCAUG